AUGAAGGUGAAAACGGAUGAUGUUGAGGUGGAGAUUAAGACGAGGAAGUUGGUGGCGUUAUCGUCGCCAAGUGAGCAAGAUCACGAGGGUGUUCAUACCGCGCGUCGAGUGAAAGAGGGUACCGCAUACAACGGGCUGUGGGCACGCAGAAGAAGUAAAGUCGAGAACGUGUUUCCGUCAGGUCAUGCUUCGUUUGCUUGGUCUGCGGCGAGUGCAAAACGAGAAAUGUUUUUGAACCACGCCAUCGCGAUCGACGUAGCUUGA